AUGUAUUUUUUAGCUCCCGUCCCGCUGCGCCCCCGGGACAGCGAGGAGAGCCUUGCCGCUGAGCUUUUCCGGCUGGCUGAGGAGCAAGGCCGUCCUUGGAUGACGGCCACCGCGCGUGACGUCCUGUGGCUCGUCGUGGCCUUCCUCCUGGCCGUAAAGGCCAUCAACUUCCUGUUCUGGUGGGCCAAGCGGGAGGUGAAACUCUGGAUCAUCCAUGCCGCAUGA